AUGGAAGUGGUGCAUAGCCAUCCGGUUUUCGUCAAGGACACGUCAAAGUACUGGUACAAGCCACACAUCUCCAGAGAGGAAGCCAUAGACGUGUUGAAGGACAAACCUCCCGGCACUUUCAUCAUUCGAGACAGUAACAGCUUUCCGGGCGCUUUCGGUCUCGCGCUGAAGGUAGCGACGCCUCCAGCCGGCAUCUUGCCAAAAACAAUGACACGUAUGAAAGAUUUUCGUAUUUAUGCCUUACUGCCAAGCCGUUUCUUGUCGGAGACAGAACGAAGGGAUCGAGAGCCCUUCGUUGUUGGCUUGGAUAAAAAUCGGUUGGCCGGCGUAUGUUUGGAGUUCCGUUUCUCGAUGCACUAUCGCUACCGAGACGCAUGA